AUGACGUGCCAAGUGCAGCUGGAAAUAGCUGCACAAAUGGCCAUGGACCAUUGCAAUGUGGUGAAGUGUUGGAAUGUGGAGAUUGAGGAUGACCAUAUACAUUUGAUCUUGGAGUACUGUUGUAAUGGAGAUUUAUUUAAACGUGUUCGAGGAGCAUCUAAUCGGCACUUGAAUGAGCGCGAAGUAUUUCGUUUGUUCCUGCAGAUAGUGUCUGGUGUGCAUCAUAUACAUUCAUUAGGAUUCUGUCAUCGAGAUCUGAAGUUAGAAAACUUGCUACUGGAUGAGCAUCACAACUUGAAGAUCGCUGAUUUCGGAUGGGUAUCUAGAAUUAAUGGUUUCCGACGUAACUUUAAUUUUUGUGGUACUCUUGAUUAUCUUGCACCCGAGAUGAUUACGGGUAGUGGACAUGAUUGGCGUGUGGAUAUAUGGGCUAUAGGUAUUUUGUUGUACGAGUUGAGCUGUGGAAAACCACCAUUUCUAUCCACAUCACAUUACGAACUUCUAAACAGAAUCCUCAAUGUCAAGAUUCAUGAUGAUCACAUAAUCCCCGUUACAUUACCCACUAUCAAACCCGACUGCUUGGAUGUUAUCAAAUACCUACUCAGAAGCGAUCCUCGAACCAGAAUAGAUUUGCCCGACCUCUUACACUUGCCCUGGAUACAUCGAAUGCUCAAACAAGAAUAUCGGGCUUUCCUCCAGACCUUGCCGCUAGAACCUGCUCCAAAAUCUACCACCAAAGAAGCAAUUCAAGCCUCCUUCUGCAAAUGCAGAACCGAUCACAUCCGCUCAGAUCACCACCCGUCACACCACCACCCGUCACACCACCACCCGUCACACCACCACCCGUCAGACCACCAUCGUUUCGGAAACAACCUGCCGCCUGACCGACCCAGAAAGUCUGAACCACCAACCAAGUCAGAACCACCAGCCAAGUCGGAACCACCAGUUAACUCAGAACAACCGGCAGAAACCACGACGCCGAGUCGGCCACGUAAGUCCGUGUGCAUUCCUGACGCCAGCCGACCAGGAACUCUUUCAAAGACGGAACGAUCUCAGCAAGAACGAUCUCAGGUCGAACGAUCUCAGCAAGAACGAUCUCAGCAAGAACGAUGUCAGCAAGAACGAUGUCAGCAAGAACGGUCUCAGCAAGAACGGUCUCAGCAAGAACGGUGUCAGCAAGAAAGAUGUCAGCAGCAUCGGUCCCACCAAGACCACAUGGUCCCCCACCCGGUGCAGCCGAGGAAUCGGGCCGCGGAUGCCUCGCAACCGAGUAACCCCAUACCGGGGGCCCGCGGCCGCCGUGAACAGCGUCUCCAUGAUUUGGAACCCGAUAACCAGUGGCUCGAGUCGAGCCACCAGCAAGAUCGUCAGGAAGACCGUCAGGAAGACUGUCAGGAGGACCGUCAACAGGAACAUCCAGAGGAUCGUCAAGGAGACCGUCAGGAGGACUACCUUGGUAACGAUGCCAAGCUGGCUCACAGUAUACGGUCGCAGUACCCGGACGACACAACCGACGAUGAUCAGGGCUCGGACGGCCACCAGGGCACAUGCGAAAAUCGAUCAGAGGAUCCCUCACCGGAUGCACCUCACCACCCUAAUGGGAACAAUCCUAAUGGGAACAAUCCUAAUGGGAACAACCCACAGAGGAACAACCGUGGUGGAAACAACCCUUCGCAGGCUGCGAGGUACGAGCCUGCACGACGCCCAUCUGGUUUUGAUGGACUGUUCUACGGUGGUGAAAACGGGGGGGGUGGUGAAGACCGAGGGGCUGCCCGAAAUAGCACAGUCCACAGAGGUCGACGUGAAGAAGGCCAGCCGACGCAGCCUGCAGUAGACUACCAUAUUUCGACUGAGUAUAACGUCACAGGAGACUGCCGGGCUUGCGGACAGGCAGGCACGCAGCUUCCAGAAAAGUCGCUAGUGCUGCAGUCGACGGCACGCGAAGAAUCGCAACAAGGCUCGUUUCAGGAGGUUUUGCAAGGCCGCUCUUUCAAUGAAGUCGGUACUCAAGAGGAGGACUUAGUUCCAGGGGUGAGUUAA